AUGACCAUCCCGGUGAUCGACGCGGCUGCCCUGGCAAGCGGCAACGAGAAGGAGCUCGCGCAGUUCCGGGCCAAGCUCUUUGAGGGGCUCAAGAAAUACGGGUUUGUCAAGCUCAUCAACCACACGGUACCACUGCCGCUGGUGGCCGAGACAUUCGAUCAGCGAGGAUGGUGCACGCCGGGCGAGGAGAAGACGUGGUACCUUGAGAGCAACAAGGGGACCAUCAAGGAGCCCAAGUUCAGCGAUAGCAAGGAGAGCUUCGACUGCGGCCACCCGAAUGACCAGCUGUUCCCUAACAAGUGGCCUGCGGCCGACGUGCUGCCUGGUUACCAGCAGACGAUGGAGAACUUCUUCCUGUCGUGCGGCGACCUGACGCUGGUGCUGCUGGACCUGAUCGCGCAGGAGAUGCAGCUGGACCGGCACAUAUUCACGUCGCGGUGCACCAACGAGGCCAGCACGAUCCGCAUCAACCACUUCCCUGUCGUCGACCGCGCCAUCCUCGACCGCGGCGACGUCAGCCGCAUCUGGCCGCACAACGACUUCGGCAUCAUCUCGCUCGUGUUCCCCGACGAGACCCCGGGGCUGGAGUACGAGGACCGCGAGAACCCGGGCACCUUCAUCCCGAUGCCGUAUGAGUCGGAGGAGGAGGUCGUCGUCAUCAUCGGCGAGACGCUCCAGCGCUGGACCAAUGGCCGCAUUCGCGCGGGUCUGCACCGCGUCAACCGGCCGCUGGACAUGGAGGGCAAUGAUGUGCCGGAGCGUUGGAGUCUGGUGUACUUCAACAAGGCCGAUCGACAUGUUAGUGUCGGCCCGCUGGAGGAGCUGCUCGCGGACGGCUCCCAGCCUGUGUAUGAGCAUCUCACCGCACUGGAGUACCAGGGCUUGCGCAACGCCACCCACUACCCCAGCGCCACACUUUGA